CUUUAUUUUUAAAAAAUGCUUAUUGCUUGCAGAUAUUUGAAAAGCCCAAGUGCACAAUUACGUGAAGCUUUGCCUUUUGCCAAUUGGGCACACCCAUUUAAAUUUGUACAGUACUAUUUCAGUAAGAAAUGUAUGAUAACCUUGGAGCACAGCCCGGAGGACCGCCUGCUAAUACACAAGCGAACCCUUUUGGAAAUGCAUUCUCUGGUGCUAGCUCUGGGUUCAUUAGAGGUGGAUUAGGGGCUUAUGGAGAAAAAAUUCUUGGAUCAAGUUCUCAUUAUGUUCAAAGCAAUGUAAGUAGAUAUUUUUCUGAUCCCCAGUACUACUUCCAAGUGAAUGACCAGUACGUGAGAAACAAACUGAAAGUUAUCCUUUUCCCUUUCCUACACAGAGGUCAUUGGACAAGAAUCACAGAGCCUGUUGGUGGCAGGCUAUCCUAUAAGCCCCCUAUCUAUGACAUAAAUGCUCCAGAUUUAUACAUUCCGUUUAUGGCCUUUGGUACUUAUGUUGUUCUUGCUGGCUUAUCAUUGGGUCUACAGGGGAGGUUUAGCCCAGAAGCUCUCAGUUGGCUGUUUAUCAAGGGAUUGGUUGGCUGGUUUUUACAAGUUUCGUUGCUGAAGAUGACGUUGUUGUCAUUGGGUAGUGGAGAGGCUCCUCUCCUUGACAUUGUUUCAUACGCAGGAUAUGCUUUUGCAGGAUUGUCCAUAGCUCUUUUGGGAACAAUUAUAUCGAACUAUUCUUACUACUUUUUGAUGCCGUGGACAUGUUUGUGCAUGGGAAUAUUCUUGGUGAAGACGAUGAAGAGAGUUCUCUUUGCAGAGGUGAGGACGUACGAUUCAAGUAGCCAUCAUUAUCUCCUAUUGUUUAUUGCCCUAGCUCAAUUUCCUCUUCUCUUUUGGCUUGGGAAGAUUAGCCUUAAUUGGUUCUUAUGAAUUACAUCUCCAGUUGUUAAGGUGGUCUGGCGGUUUAUGCUUUUGGAGAAGUAAAACAAUCAAUUUUUUUGCA